AGUCGACAGCAUAAAGCGGCGAAGCGUCCAUGAGCUAAAUUAAGAACUCCUAUGAUCCUCUCGCAGGACUGCAACAGACGUGACACCGCACCGUGGUGGACUGGAAGGAAAUUUGAAGUGCCGGAAUUUUCGUUAUGAAACGUGUGACGCUGUGUCUGCUGAUUCUCGGAGUCACAAUAGUGGGCUCGCAGCCCACGGGCAAAGAUGUGUGCAGAUUAUCCCCUCUCCCUGGGAUUGGAAAAGCUUUCUUCCCAAUGUUUUACUAUGCGGAAACAGUCAAGGAAUGCCGUCAAUUCGCUUACGGAGGGAUCGAAGUGGCCACUAACGGCAACAAGUUUGAAACCUGUGAAGAGUGUAGAGGAACCUGCAAUCCCAAAGCUAAAUGUUCAGAUACGAUCGAUAGCAUAGGUACUCCUCAUGUGUAAAUGGUUCAGCGCGGAAGACGGAUUUCCGAUUCGAUGAGAAUAAAUUCCGCUUGAUACCGGCCG